AUGGCUUUCGUAUUGGAAGAGGAGAACGCAAUGUUCACAGGCGACAAUGUCCUGGGACAUGGAACAGCAGUGUUUGAGGAUUUAGCCGUGUAUCUUGACAGCCUAUCACGCAUGCGGGAGCAAUUCCACGGCAGAGCCUACCCGGGUCAUGGUGCAGUAAUAGAAGAUGGACGGACUCGGAUUGAGGAAUACAUCGCACACAGAAAGCAGAGAGAAGAGGAGAUCUUGCAGGCACUCAGGGAUAUUGGGAAAGAGGCGACGUCAUUGGAAUUGGUGAAAGCCGUGUAUAAAGAUGUGCCAAGCAAUCUGCAUGUGCCAGCCGCUAACGGUGUAGUGCAAGUCUUGCGGAAGCUGGAGGGUGAGGGAAAGGUUGCACAAUGUCAACAUGAGAGUUGGCAGAUAGCUGAUAAAGCGACUCUCUGA